CACAGAAAUACGAGUAUAAGCAUUUCGAAAACCAAAUCAACGCCGCCGCAACAUUAAUAUUUCUACUCGAAGCAAUGUCAACAAGACGAUACUCAAUUCAAUGCAUAAAUACCAGCCACGUUUCCAUUUGGUGCGAGCCAAUGAUAUACUAAAGCUGCCGUACUCAACAUUUCGGACGUAUGUUUUCAAGGAGACGGAAUUCAUAGCCGUUACAGCAUAUCAAAAUGAGAAGAUUACUCAAUUAAAAAUCGAUAACAAUCCUUUUGCGAAGGGUUUUCGUGAUACUGGUGCUGGCAAGCGGGAAAAGAAUUGUUACAGGCAAGCCCUCAUGUCGAAUCGCGGGUCCGAUUCGGACAAACUAAACCCAACACAUGUCAGCAGCUCACGCGCCCCACUGCAUUUGGGCCAUACGGGGCGACCACCGCACCACUUGCAUUCGCAUGCGGCAUUACACGACAAUCAAGUGGACGAUGAGGAUAAACUGUUGGAUGUGGUCGGACCACCGCAGAGUCCAUUAUUGCCUUUGAGUCAUUCGUUGCAGCAGAUGCAUGCGCACCAGCAAUCCGCCCUUGCAGCCUGGUUCAACCACUUGGCCGGUGCCGGUGAUCAUGCGAACGAAGAAGCUCUACGUCGUCGCCUACAAUCGGACGAUGUCGAACGUGAUGGUAGCGAUUCCAGCUGUUCGGAGAGUGUGGGCGGUAGCACGGGCGGCGCUUUCCGCCCCACUUCCUCGGGCAGUCCGAAAGAGAGUGCCGCUGGCGGUUUGAAUGCUGCCGGCGCAUAUCCUUCACCGAAUAUCUCAGUGGGACCACCGAUACACCCGUCGCCGCAUCUGUUGCCUUACCUCUAUCCACAUGGUCUCUACCCGCCACCGCAUCUUGGUUUGCUGCACAAUCCAGCAGCUGCGGCGGCCGCCAUGAACCCGGCCAGCCUCAAUCCAGGCUUGCUGUUCAAUGCGCAACUAGCGCUCGCCGCACAACAUCCCGCCUUAUUCGGACACUACUCAGGACAUACGCCCGUCUCACCACUGCAGGGACUAAAGGGUCAUCGCUUCUCGCCGUACAGCCUACCUGGCAGUUUAGGUUCUGCCUUCGAUGCCGUCACGCCUGGUUCGAAUGCGAAUCGCGGUGGACCGUCAGGUGCGGGCGAUGUCUCGACCCUAGGACCUGGCAGCAGCGGACCCGGUAGCAGUAUAGAAAAUGGACCACGCAGUCUUAGCUCCAGUCCACGACCACGUGCCUCAUCAAACUCGCCACCCACGCGACCCAUUUCCAUGUCGCCGACGACGCCACCAUCACUACUCAAGCGUCAAAAUUCACCCUCAGAGCUGAAGAGUAUCGAGAAAAUGGUCAACGGGCUGGAAGUGCAACACAAUGGAAGUGGUAGUAGCGCUGGUCUCAACAUGGGCAUCGGUAUUGGCGCGCUGGUAAGUGGUGCCUUGGAGGAGUUGCAACGCAAGACGCCAACACAAGUGGAUCAGUGACAUUUGUUUGAUCGGGACGAAAACGACCGUUCGUCCGUCAUCGAUCUCGACGAUGUGUGACCGCAAGAGCAGGUUUUCCUGUUGCUUUAGUGGGUUCGUGCCGGAAUCUAUGUGACAAUUUGCUGCGCGGUAACAAUGAAGUUAAGGAGUUGGCAGUUAAUAUAGGCUGCGCCAAAAUAUGUCAAUUGCUUGUGGAUUGUGGAGUUCCACAACAACAACUCGAGUUAGACCACGGCUCUGCGCCAACGCACAUUGUCUUGUCUUGUAUAUACCAAUACACAUACAUAUAGUUUAAGUAGUGUAUAAAAUAAACAUAAAUGCGAGUAUAUUAGGUUGAAAAAAAAACUAUGUUCCACAUAUGAGAUCCACAUAUAAACUUUGCAUUAGUUGACAUUAAUUCAGUAGCAGAUAUGCAAGCACAAAUGCGCCGGUAUGAGAGAUAGCGCAGUUGAAGUAAAUGCCACUUUAAAUUAGGUUCCACAAAAUCUGAAUUAAAAAAAAAAAAAACUAUAGCAAUGCCAAACCUUUUUUUUAUUGUUUAAGUAGCUAAACCGCAGGUUUAUUACUUAGUAGUAAUUAAUUUAGCCAAAUUUCAAUAAAUUUAUUUUUCAUAUAUGAAAUCGAGUUUUCUACAUAAGCUGUUUUGUUGACUUAGCCAGCUUAACCCAUAUAAUUACAUAUAAUAUUAUUGUAUGUACAACAUUUUUCACUCAGCCACUGUGCCCAAUGCAGUCUUAAGGCAGGUAUUAAUAGUUUUCACAGCGGCUUAAUUCUUAGUUUUAUUUUGCAAUUUCUCUUAAUACUUUGACAUACAAUCCUGUCUGUGUUUUAUGCUUAGCUUUCAGUAGAAUAUCUUAAAUGUUGUAUCUAAAAAUAUGCAAACUUUCCUUACCUUCCACAUAGCAUAUUUUUUAUGCACUCUAAAGUUAUACUCAAACAUCACGUAGCUGUUAAAUUUUUUAUCAAUCGUAUCAGCCCCGCUACAAUCCACUUGUGUUCCACAUACGAUCCACACGAAUUGUGCGCUUUUUAGUUCUAUUUACUCGUCACCAAACACUAACAAACUGUUUAUUUCAAAAUGGGUAAGUUCCACAUUCAAUCCACUUACGUUCCACAUGAAUUUUACUUUGAAUUUUUGCUUUUAAAUUGCUAUCAAAACUCAUCCUACCAUUAAACAGUGCAUCUAGAAAUUCUGUCAGCUCUAAAUAGAGUCCACAGCUUGCCUACUGUUUCUACUGUUUGUUUGCUUCAACUGGCGCAUUUGUCAGCAAUAACUAGCACUACAUGUCGUAAUAAUUUUAGUAAUUUCAUUUUUCAAUUUAAAUUUAGUUAACUUCUUAAGUUCUCAAACCAAAGAGUUACUUUCAUUGUAAAAAAAAUAUGAAUUUUUCUACCAAACUUAUUAUUACUAAAAACCAUUAGUUGUUUCUACUUAUAUGGUCAACCAUAUAUUAAUAUUUGUAUAAAAAAAUAAUAAUUUGUUAUGCUACAAAAUGCGCUGUCAACAACAUCUUCUCUAAACUGUUUCACACUAAUACGAAUCCACUGUAAAAUAAGUAGGGAAUCACCGUAUCUUAUCACUUUCUACUUAGCUUGAAAUGUGAGUGGCUUGCCCCCCAGUAGCUAGUAGUAGUUUUAGGCGUGGGCGUGGCAUUAAAUAUUCACGCUAAGAGUAUUAUAAUUUAAAAUAAGACAUUGUAUAGAUGUACGAUUUUUUGCAAAUAAAAUUAAAAAAAACAAAAGAAUAUUAGAAAGUUGCACUUUUAACAAAUGCAUGUGUAUUAUUUAGUUUAAAUUGUUUUAAAAACUAUUUUGUUUUUGUAACAGUUGAAUAUGUUCCUCACUUACUUAUAAUAAUGUUAUUAUUAUAAUUUUUUUAGUUAAAGUAUUGUACUUUCAAUUAAGUUGAAAAAAAAACUUUAAAAAAAUUAAGUAAAACACAUUUAAAAGAAAAAGUGCAGAAAAUGGAAAAAACACGUUGAAACAAAAUGGGAAAGCAAUAUUAAUUAUAGUUAAUUAAUGCACUGAAAUAUUAAAAACAAAAAAACACUCAUUUGAUUUGUUUUUCGUUGUUCAUAAAUUUGGUGUGCAAGAAAAAAAAAUUACAAAAAAAUUAAAAAAUUACAAAUAUUAGUGUUUUGAAGCGAAAAUAAUGUAUACAAACAUGUUAAAAAAAUAACUAAGAAUAGGAAGUUAAAUAAAUUUCAAAAACAAAAAAAUAUACAAUAUAAAACACGCACCCUGUAAAAAUAAACAUUUUAUUAUAAUCGCAAGACAAAAAGUGCAAAAGUGCUGAAAAUAAAAUCGAUAAAAAUUGUAUAACAAACAAAUUUUUCAGCAAUAGUCUAAAUGUAUGAAAAUAACCAGCCCUAUGAACAAUUACACACACACAUAUAUAUAUAUACAUAUAUAUAAAAUUGCUAGUAUAUAUAUUUAUAUAUUCCUAUAAAAAUAAUAUAAUAUAUAUACAAAAACAAAUAAAAUAAAUUCAUUAGUGUAAAAAUGCAUAAAAGUCCCUCGUAUCCUUUGCGUAAACUAAGACAAAGCAGGCAAACAGAAAAAACAACCAGUAAAAAAGUUUAUAAAUUAAAAAAAUUAUAUAAAUAUUAUUAAUAUAUACUAAUUUAAUUGCAUAUAAAUAUAUAUAAAACUCACAUUAAUGUACAUAGUUACAAUUAAAUUUAUACAUACAUAAAUAUAAAUAUAUAAAUGCAUAUUGAUUAGUAAUAAAGACACUUCUGCAUGAAGCAU